AUGGUAGAAAGCAUGCAACUAGGGAUGGAAAGGAUGAUAUCUGAGUUAGAAGACUACAAGAAUAGAGGAAUAUUUUCUUCAGAUGAAUUAAGAAAGAUAGUAGAGACUAGGAGAAAGUAUGAGCUCAGAUUACAAAGGCCAGAAAAAAAGCUUUUAGAUUUUGUAAGAUACAUAAAAAGCGAAUGUAUGCUAGAAAAAAUAAGAGAUAAAAGACUGAGAGAAAAGAAUGUCAACGCAUCACUUCAUGACAUGAUCAUACCAAAAAAAGUAGUGGAGUUGUACAGAUCUGCUCUGUACAGAUUCAACGAUCCAAAAAUAAUUUCACAGUUUACUGCAUAUGUCAUCGAAAAAAAGAUGUAUGGAGAGAUGAAAAAUGUAUUUGCUGAGUGCUGUACAAGAAACCCAAUGGAUGUAGAUCUUUGGAUAUACUGUGGGUUCAAGCUAUUUGAAGUUGGAGACAUUGAAAGUUCUAGAGCUAUGUUUCUUAAGGGAAUUAGAAUGAAUGGCAAAAACACUCGAAUAAGAAUUGAGUUCUUCAGAAUGGAAGUUAUGUACGUCGAAAAAAUAGAGGCCCUGAAUAAGGAAAUAGGUUUAGAUGAGGAGGAUAGAGACGAAAUAGAAAGAGGUGAAGUGGCAUUUGCAAUCUUUUCUGACUGCUUAAAUGAUUCAUCUUUUACUGAAAAAGAGAUAAUUGAAGUUUUGGAAAUAUCUAAAAGCAUCAAGGAACUUAGAGAGAGAAUUGAAGAAUAUAUUAAAGACAAAGAGGUAUAA